AUGCAGGUGGUUUUGAAAGUGGAGAAUAGAGACUACAAUCUCUUGUUUCCUUCAUUUUCUGAAUAUUCAAAUCCACUAAUUGAGUCCAACCGACAAGAAGAACUCUCCAAACUCUACAAAGACGCAGUCAUCGGCAAACGAUUCGGAAUGGGAAUUCUUCGAACGCUCUGCUCGAUUCGAACGUUUGUCACAUUGAUUAUCGAUGGAAAAUCCCCAAAAGUAUUGAAGAAAUUCGCUGUUAAAGGUCUAUCCAACGACAAGGCGUGCAUAGCACUUCAACAACUACUCCGCCAGGAGGAUCCCUCGGAAAUGAACAGGAAAAAGACGGAAUUUGCGAAUGGAUUUAUGGUACGAUAG